GCAGUUGUAAAAAAAAAAAAAAAAAAAAAAAUCUAGCAAUGGAUUUUAGCUAGCCACCGAUAUCAGUCUGUACGCUUGAAGAAACCAUCUAUGUCAAGAAACACGGCGGGUUUUCGAAGUCAAGUGCUGCUCGUGUGUAUCUAUAGACACACACCAGUCUGUCUACACACUAUUUGUAAAUCGAUCUGGCUGGUUCAGUGACUGGAGUCUAGAGCCUUGGUGCUUCUUUAUGCCCAUUUCAAAGCCCAGGGAUUUCACAUUCAGAAAAUGAACGGCUUGUCCAUACGGGAGUUAUGCUGCUUAUUCUGCUGCCCGCCGUGCCCCAGCCGCAUUGCAGCCAAACUGGCAUUCCUCCCUCCUGAGCCCACCUAUGCCCUCAUCCCAGAUCUGGACCCCACUCCGAUCUCUACCACUGAGUCCAGCUCAGGGCCCGCGCUGCCAUCGCUGGGGGCUCCGGGUCUGCGCGCACGUCUGGGGGCUGGAGGUGGAAGUGAAAGGGGAGGUGACAGGGGAGGAGGAGGGGGAGGCGGCAGCACUGCAGGCGGAGGUACCAGCACUGGGGUUAUUGGUGAGCCCAGGUGGAAACUUCACCUCACAGAGAGAGCAGAGUUCCAGUACUCUCAAAGAGAGCUGGAUGUCACCGAUGUGUUCUUGGCUCGCUCCAGCAGAGGCAACCGUGUCGGAUGCAUGUAUAUUCGCUGUGCCCCCAAUGCUAGGUUCACUGUGUUGUUCUCACAUGGUAACGCUGUAGACCUUGGCCAGAUGAGCAGCUUCUACAUUGGUUUAGGAACACGCAUCAACUGUAACAUCUUCUCCUACGACUACUCGGGAUACGGUGUCAGCACCGGGAAGCCCUCGGAGAAAAACCUCUAUGCUGACAUUGAUGCUGCCUGGAAUGCAUUGCGCUCGCGGUAUGGCAUCAGCCCUGAGAACAUCAUCCUCUAUGGGCAGAGUAUCGGUACAGUGCCCACAGUGGACCUGGCCUCACGCUUUGAGUGUGCAGCUGUGGUUCUGCACUCUCCACUCACCUCUGGGAUGAGAGUGGCCUUCCCUGACACCAAGAAAACCUACUGCUUUGAUGCCUUCCCCAACAUUGAGAAGGUGGCCAAAAUCCCGUCUCCAGUUCUGAUCAUCCAUGGUACAGAGGAUGAGGUGAUUGACUUCUCUCAUGGCCUGGCAUUGUUCGAGCGCUGCCCCAAAGCCGUGGAGCCGCUGUGGGUGGAGGGAGCGGGACAUAACGACAUAGAACUUUACAGCCAGUACCUGGAGCGGCUACGGCGCUUCAUCAACCAGGACCUGGCUGCACAACACGCCUGAAAAACAAACUGCCGCCUCUGCAUUUUUACAGCCUCCUGAGAGACGUGAUACUGGUAUGUUUGUGGAGCGAGUGUCUAAAGGGAAUUCUGCUUGAUUUGUCACAUCUGUGUGUCUUUAAAGUAGUACUAUUAUGUUACUUAAAAAAAAAUCUUUUACAACCAAGUUUUUAAUGUACACAUACACUAAGAUUAACAUCAUCAUUACUUUUCAUGGGGCAUUUGACAUCUCCUACCAGUGAAAUUACAGCUUUAAUGUAUUUUAAAGUAACAGCUUUGUCCAAAGGCACACAGAUGUCAUUUUAUGAGUGAAUGCUGCUAUGAAUGGAAUUCUAAAUCAUAUCACUAUUAACUGUAACUGUGUUGAUGCUAUCUAUGUGACAUGAAGGACUUCCUGAUGACUUGGAGAGCUGCAACAAGGGAAGGUGUAAUGGAGACUUUUAAAUCAUGGUGUAAUUUUUUAUUUUUAUUUUGUUUUUUCAUUUGUAUGAAGAAUACCUCCAUAGCUUGACCACUUAACUCAUGUGCAGUGGACUAACUAUUGGUCAAGCAUGUGUCAUCCUUGCUAAUUCUUGGCUUAAAUGAACCUUUGCGCCUCCCUUCUAGACUGUGUUCCUCUUUAGUGUCAGUUAAAGCGGACAUACUGAGACUUGUCUGAGAAACUCCUAGCUUGUUGGGCCUCUCCUUGCUUUUAUUCUGAUAAUUUUUUACUGCUGGGAACCAUAUAAAAUGGCCACUGUCUGUGUC